UCCAAACGACUUCCGAACUUUGGCGGUAACAUGUGAUUAUUUCGCACUCACAUCGAAAGAAUAAAAAAUAAAAAAAAAUGCACAACCACAUUUUCAAAAUGCGCUUCCUAAUUUUCGCAAUUUUGUCGAUUUGCGUGAUUUGUUCGAACAAUUCGGAAAAUCGAUCGGAAAAUUUCAACGUGUUUUCCGCAAAUUUAUUGAACCAAACAAAUGUAAGUGUUGUGAAAAAUGCCGCCACUGUUAGUGUUAGUAACGAAAUAAUGGGUAAAAUUUGCCUAAAGAACUUAACAAAGUGUGAAGAAGAAGAUGUAGAAUAUCGAUCUUCCACAGAUCGUUUUGCUAAUUUCUUGUUUUCAUCACUUCCACCUUUCGAUUUGAGCCAAAUAGAGGGUGUAUCGAGAGAAUGCCGGAUUCAGAGCAAACAGUACAUAGAAAGUUUGGCAAAUUUUCAAAUGUGGGCCCUUAGAAUGUACGAUUCAUCAGCCAAAUUCCCCUCAGGCGUUUUGAAUGGUAAUCUAAACCAAUUGGGCGACUUCGACAUGUGCCUAAGUGCUGCAUCCACAAAACACAACAUUCAAGGCCAGUAUUGCCUGGCUGCCCUAGAAGUACAAAACCCGAGAAAUUCAUAUUUAUCAGCCCUGUACCAACUGAUUCAUUCUCAUAACCAUUUCAAGAGCAAACUGGAGGACCCAGGUCACCGCGUCCCGCGUUUUUCGUCUAUAAAUUGGGCUUUGUGUGUUCCCAGUGCUUGCAGCCCGAAUGACGUUGAAUUGGGCUUAAGAAAUACCGUUCAAAACAUCUUGGACGGCACCGAAAUCGAAGUUCGAUACGAAGUUGAUCCGACUAUGUGCCAGAAGAAGGAAAACAACGCUUACCCAAGAUCUAUGUUCAUCGUUUUGUUCAUAUUUGGAAUAAUCUUAGGGUGGGAAAUUAUAGCCACAUUCUACGAUUGUUUUGCAGUCGGAAACAAAAAUAAAUGGAUAAUGGCAUUUUCGAUAAAAGAGAAUUUCUUGUCAAGCAUAAAAUUGGAGCGGGCUCCAACGGAUAUCGAGACAGUUCACGGGAUUCGUUGCGUUAAUGCAAUUUUGCUGUUAGUAGCUCAUAAAUCUAUGGCUGCAUUUUAUCAACCAGCGCCCAACAGAACAGCUUUUAUUGAAUACAUCGGAAGGCCAUUUUCCGUGCUCGGUCGAGCCGCUAGUCUCUACACGGAUCCGUUCCUAAUGAUGUCAGGUCUCCUGACUACAUACUCAUUGCUCGGAAGAUUGAACAAAACGAAGAAACUAAACAUUAUCGAUGAAUAUCUGAACAGAUUGUUCAGAUUGGUGCCGACGCUCGGUGCAGUAAUAGCCUUUUGUACGUUCAUUAUGCCGUUCGUAGACAGCGGGCCCAUGUGGAAUUUGGUGGUAACGCACCAUUCCGAUAUCUGCAAGAAAUACUGGUGGAGAAAUCUGAUGUUUAUUCAUAACUACUUCGGAUUCGGGAAUAUGUGUCUAACGCAUACUCACCACUUGGGUAUAGACACUCAGUUAUUUUUCUCGUCUCCUUUCAUGAUUUACCUGAUUUGGAAGUGGCCCAGGAAAGGAUUUUUCACUUUAACUGGUCUGGCCGUUGUAGCAACAUUUGCUCGGUUUUUUAUCACGUAUAAAUUGAAUUUGUCAAAUUACAUACAUUUUGGAACAUCGAUUCAGCAACUUUUUGAUACUGCCGAUCGAAUGUACAUUUUGCCAGCAUACAGAUCCACAGUGUACAUAAUGGGAGUUUUGCUGGGAUAUGUUUUAAGAAAUUACUCUAAGCUUCAAUUAACUAAAGCUCAAUUGAAUAUUGGCAACACACUAGCAUUGUUCUCAUUUUGUGUGUCAUUAUUUGGAGCUGCUUUUAUGGGUAAAAUAGACUACGAGUACAAUCCUACUGAUGGUGCUUGGUACGCUGCAGUUUCGCCUAUAUUAUGGUGUUUUUCGUUUGCUUGGGUUAUAUUAACCUGGCAAUUAGGCUAUAAAAAUAUAGUCGGUACCAUUUUAUCCAAUAAAAUAUUUUUACUAUGGACUAAAGUUUCGUAUACGGUGUACCUUGUACAAUUUCCUGUGUAUUUUUAUAACGUGGGAACCACCAAAUCCUCCAAUGAAAUUUCAUUUUUGUGGAUGAUUCUUAGCUUAAGAGAAUACAUAUGGAUUAUUGGAAUAGCGAUAGUUUUAACAUUAACCUUCGAAUUGCCUUUCGUAAAGGUCCGAAACAUCUACCUCAAGAGAAAGGACACAAAGAACAAUGCCCAACCAGUGAAUAAUAUUAAAUAUAAGACCAAAAAUUUGUGAUAUAGCCGGGAAU